AUGGGGUGGGUGUCCCUAGCCAGCGGGGAGGGGGCGGAAGGAGGCGAGUGUAGUGAACUAGUGGAUGACGCGCAUGUCGUGGCGGCGGCUGCGACUACCUUCGUGGCGUCGCUGGUGGGGGUGCCUUUAUGCGCGCGCGCACUCGCUGAGGGAAGGAAACUCGCUGUCAUUGCUACGUCUGCUGCGUUUGUGGCGUGCUGGUCUCUGAAGCUAUGUGGCGGAGGGUGGUGGGUGGUGGCAGCACGAGCAUGCGCGGGACUCGGCGGCGCCGGCGCCUGGUGCCUUGCGCCUCUACUCGCCAGAGAGAUGUGUGAGGAAAGCGUGCGCGGCGCGGCGGUCUCUGCCCUGGUGCUGGCUCACAACCUCGGUUUCCUGCUCAUGUAUGUGGCUGCGGACGUGCAAAUACCACAUAGGACAGUGGUGUGGGCGUGUUUGGCACUGUCGGCGGCCCACUGCUUACUGUUCCUUUUUGUGCCGGAAUCACCGCCCUACCUUGCCUCCAGUGGGAAACCAGAGAAAGCACGUGCAGCACUAGCUUGGCUGCGUGGCGUAUCCAGCGAUGAUCCAACACUUGAAGCAGAGCUGUGCGCGUUGCCACUACCAGAUGAGACGGUGGUAUCACCCUUCCAGUUGACCAGAGAUCUAUUGAGUGACAAGCGUCGUCGACGCGCAUUCAUUCUCUGCACGGUGGCGGUUGUAGGGCAAGAAGCGUGUGGCGUGCUGGCUCUGCUCCAGUUCGCAGAGCGCGUGUUCGUGCUGGCUCGCGACGAUGCUGCUGCGGGGAGCCCGGUUGACGUGCUCGGCACCCCCGCACGACAUGCACUGCUGUUGGGCGUUGCGCAGUUGGUUGCUUCUGCAUUAGCUUUGUAUCUUGUUGAGAAGGUUGGGAGAAAGCGACUCAUGGUAUGGUGCGGACUAAUAACGGGUGUCUGCCUAUGCGGGGGAGCGGGUGCGGUGCGGGCGGGGGGUGCCGGCGCGGGCGUCGCUCUGGCGGCCGCUGUGUUCGCAGACUCGGCCGGUCUGCAGCCCGCGCCCUAUGCUAUGCUGGCUGAUAUGUUUCAUUAUCAGUACCGUGGCUGCGCUGUAGCGCUAGUCAGCGCUUUCGCGUGGGGCGGCAACGCGCUAGAAGUCAUCGUGUUCCCUCUAGUAGCGCGGGCCGCAGGCGUCAGCGCAGCGCUAGCGCUCGCCGCUGCGCUAACAUUAGCGCUAACUCUGUUCGCUGCGUACGCGCUGCCCGAGACAAAAGGAUUGACUCCCGAUGAAAUAUAUGAUGUGCUGUGUCCGCCUAAAACUAGUUGUGAUAGUGUGGUCACUGAAGGCUGUGAUAAUAAGAGUUUUUGUACUAAAAUAAUUACAAAACUUCUAAACCUUAACAUUCGCGCACUACCACACCAGGGCACUAGUGUUGUGUAUCCCGUAACCAUGGCAACCGAAAUGGGUCUUCUAGACAAGCUGUCAGUAUGGCUGGGUCGGGGACGCGCCGAGGUGACGGUCCUAGUACUGGGGCUGGACAACAGCGGCAAGAGUACACUCCUCAAUGCUCUCAGACCUCCGGAGCAGCGCACACAGCAUGCUGCACCAACUGUGGCUCAACAACAGGAGCAUUUCACUAGUGGUGGUGUAUCAUUCAGUGCAUGGGACGUGUCGGGAGCGCCGCGUCACCGCGCGUUGUGGGAGCGACACUACCGCCGCGCGCACGCCGUCAUUUUCGUCGUGGAUUCUGCUGAUCAUCUGCGACUAGUGGUGGCUCGUGAGGAGUUGGAGCUGCUCCUCGCGCAUCCUGACAUGUUCGGCAGACGGGUACCUCUGCUGGUGUUCGCCAAUAAGAGCGAUGCACCACACUCGCUUGCACCCAUGCAGGUUGCUGCAGCACUAGGCCUAGAGCGCAUCUCGGACAAGCCGUGGCACAUUUGCGCGUCGUGCGCGCUGUCGGGCGCUGGGCUCGCCGACGGCGUCGCGUGGCUCGCGCGACAGAUACGCGACGCACAUCUACCGAUCGCACAUACUUAAACACGCGUACUGCAUACAGGGUGGGUCGUUCACAAUCACAUUAAAUCCUAUCGCAUAUACUUUAUGAUAUUUUAUGGCGAAUUGUAAAAAAAAUUACCUUAACCACAGGAGUCAUUUUUCG